AAACUCUUAAUUCCAUAGUGCAGGAGGAAGUUGAAGACUAUAUUGAGCACUUUGUACAUCCAACGGAGUUUACGAUAAAAAAAAAAAUGAAGUCCUUUUAUGUUGCCAUGAAAAGCCUGCAUAGUCCAAGCAAACAUCGUUGCAUCGCCACAGCAAUGAAAUCGUCGCAGAGGAAUAAGAAGCUUCGGAGAAAAAAAUUGAAAAGAUUAAAUGCGAGUAUGAGACGACUAAAAGUGGAGACGAAUGAGAUAAGAAAGGAGCAGGAAAUUAUAAAAAGGGGACAAAGGGAAGUUAGAGAAAAGUUUGAGGCCAUUCAUCAUGAAUGUGAGCAACUGCGUACGGAGACUGACCUUAUAAUUAAGCAAAGUCUCAACACGCGACUCCGUCUUGGUCUAAUGUUUCAAAUCUUAAGAGCACGAGAAAGUAAUGAUUUCAACAAAGCUGCAAGCCUCACUCAACUUCUUCGUGAAUUGGUGGCAAAACCAAACAAUCAGUAGCGAGAGCUUUGGUGGAUUAAUCUUUUCUGUGCUUGAGUUUAAGUUUGCUGUUUCAUUGAUUUGGGUUGCUUUGGAGAAUGAACAUUCCAUUACAACUUGUGCACUUUGCUUUAUUUUAUUUAUCUACUGCACUUUGCUUUCUUAACUAGUCGGUUUGUUUAACAUUUAUAAAUUCGAGAAGCUUAAUACAAAUUUACUUAUGGCAUGUUUAAUCGGGGGAUGGAAUGACCAUUCCCCCUA